CCAAGUAUCACACAACCUUACAUAACUUGGAGCACAUUCGGAAGGUUCCUAAUCCUACCAGCACCAUCUCGUCCCUUUCUCUACGCCAAAGUCUCUCCUCAAUUCUUUCAUCACCUUUCUGCACUUUUUAUUCCUUCUUCCUUCUUUCUCACUCCAUUGUAACACCUCUCCUUUUUUUUCCGAUCAAAAUUCAAUUGAACUUAAAUUUCUCUCUUCGUUUCCCUCAAUCACACACCCAAAAAAUUCCUAUCAAUUCAAUUUCGCAAUACUACGAAUCAAAAACCAUGCAUCAAGGUAUGAGCGACACCACCAAUUCAUAUUACCCAAAUCAAUUUCAUCAACCCCCUUUUCAAAACCCUAACCCUAACCCUAACAUUAAUCCUAAUUCGAUCGUCGAUCCUUACGUCAAUUCAUGGCCUCCCACCUCCGCCUCUGCUCCACCUCUUUCUUCUUCCUACGCCGCACCUUCUGAUUUCCCAAAUUAUCCCUCAUAUUCUCAUAAUUCCGAUCAUGUUCUUAAUUCUGCGCCAAAUGCUCCAUCUUUUCCUUCAAACCCUAAUUCCCAACCCCAAUCUUAUUUGAAUUACUCCUAUGAUCACAAUCAACCUUCUUAUAACCCUUAUGAUCAUAAUCAAAUUGCCCCUAAUCCGAAUUUGAAUCCGAAUCAAUCGUUUUCGGGUCCUCAGUUCUCGUCCCCGCCUUCGUAUGACGGGAGCAACGUGAAUUAUGACCGUUGGGGUGGUUAUGGGGAGCAGGAGAAUAGUAUGUACAGCUCAAAGUCACAAGGAUAUGAUGAUGAUGAUGGUGGUGUUUAUAGGUAUGAAGGUGGGAAGGUGGAGCCUUAUGGAGCUCGAGGAACGGCGGGUUUUUCGGGGUCUUCUUCGCAGGUUAUGUUCGAUGAUUAUGGGCGGCCUAUUAAUAUUUCAAGUGGUAAUGACAGUGGGAAUAGGAAUGGGAGUGAUCAUGGACAAAAGAAGGCGGUACCGAAGGUGGUGAGGGCUGUUCCGAAGGAGGAUGUGGAGGAGGAUGUAAAGGGUGGAGUGCAGAAGUUUCGUGUUAAGGUCUUGGCUGAGGGGUAUGGGACGAGUGAUUUGGAUGUUCUUUGUCAGAUUGGUUUGGAUGGGAUUCGAAUGCUUGAUCCUGCUACAGGUCGGACGCUGAGAAUUUAUCCUUUUGAGACAGUGACAAGAUGGGAGGUCUUGGAUUCCUAUAUAUUUGCAUUUUGGGCAAAAAUGCCAGUGGACAUUGAAUCGAAGCGCAUAAGGCUAAAGUCAAACAGUUAUACUACAAAUACAAUAUUGGACACAGUCACAGCAGCAAGUGUGCAGCUUAAGGAGAUCGGUGAAAGAAAAGAUUCUAGCUCAUCCAAAGCCCCUGAACAGCUUGGUGAGAAGAAGAAAGGUCUUGUUGAUUGGAUGAACUUAAUUAAACCCCCCAAUGAGGAGAAAGAUUACUGGGUACCUGAUGAAGCAGUCAAUAAAUGUACUUCAUGUGGUACAAACUUCAAUGCUUUUGUUCGGAAGCAUCACUGCAGAAAUUGUGGUGAGAUCUUCUGCGACAAAUGUACUCAAGGAAGAACUCCUCUUACAACAGAUGAGCAAGCACCACCUGUUCGAGUUUGUGAUCGUUGCGUGGCAGAAGUCACUCAAAGGCUAGCCAAUGCUAGGGAAGCUGUUAAUAGAAGUGGCUCAUUCCCAAGUCACGAGGAUUUAGCUAAAAAGCUUAAGGAUGAGAUGAGCAGAAAUUCAAAAUCAUCAGCAGGUUUAAAGUCUGAAGGGUCUCAAGAACGGAUGAGAGAUGUUGCCUGCCCAACUUGCACUGUCCACUUACAGGUUGAAGUUCCAAACUCUGGUUCGGAGACGAUUGAGUGCAGCGUUUGCCAGCAUCCCUUUCUGGUUAGCGCCGACUGAUUAAACAGCAGUCCUUUGGGUUUUGGAAACCUGUAGUUAUUUAUAUCUAUAUCGUUCUCUGUCAGAAUUCAAUUGAUUGAAGUGAGUGCCUAACAAUAAAUGUUUGCCAUGGGUAUGAAGAUUCAUUGUUUCAUUAAUCUUAUAUCAUCACCUGCUGUCAUAUAGGGUUUAUGUCAAAUUGAUGGUGUUGGACUAUUCAUGUCGAGUUUCUACUGAUGUAAAUAUGAUACAGGAGUGUUUUUCUAUAUAUAUUAAAUAUGUACAUGGCUACAUGUUCUUCUUAUAUAUACUAUCUUUGUUUUUUUUA